AUGAGUGAAAGAGCUCAACGACAGAAACAAAUUAAGUUAACUUUCCAAGAACACGUGAAUCGACGCGUAUUGUUGGAGUGGGUGCGAACAACCGGAUUGGAGAACAAGCAUAACUGGAAAUAUGACAAAUUGUUGGCAAAUUUAACUAACGUCAUAACCGGGUAUUCGAGUGAUGGCAAGCCCAACGCACUUACUUGGCCGACUGCUGCUGGUAUGAGUGGUGGAAUAGAGGCCAAAGUGUCAUACGAUUACUGGAGAUACUUCAUGAAGGACGGUCGGAAGAAGCUCAGUGAAUAUAAUAAGAAGAAUUCCACCAAGAUCGCCAUAUUAAAGGAAAUGACAUUGAAAAGCAUGGAUGAAAACAACUUGGGACUUCGUAAAAAGAUAGGAAGAAUUUAUAUGGAAAAAGGACAAAAGAUCCCUGACAUGUUAAUGCUGAAGCCUUCUGUUGCCGUGAUAAGAUUAAACCUGGAAAUCCCUGAUUGGAAUGGAUUGCCAUUUUCCGAAUUGUUGACUGAUAAACAUAAGAAAGAAAUAGAAGGUAAGUGUGGUACACAAUUUGUGAGUAAUGUGAAUAGUAUUGUAAAGUAUUGUUAA